UUGGGCUACAUCUGCAGAUACAGUAGCCAAUUGAUCUAAUGCAGUUUCUGAAGGCUUUCUAUACAGGUGAUGUCAUCCUUUUAGCUCUAUUCUCCUCCCACUCUCUUUCCUUCUUAUUAGAUAUUUCAUCUUACUGCAGAGCAUGGAAUCAAUAGGAGCUUCUCCUUAGGGAGCUGCUGUGAAACAGACAAGGACAGUAGGAAUUAAGACACUAACAUAUAGUCUUGUUUUAGCAGAAGAUGCAGUGUUUUUGUGUCAUCACAUAUAAAUUUUCAACCAGAAAAGCCAGACUUAGAUCAACAUUACUGUCUUACUGAUGCAUUAGAACAAGAAGCAAUUCUGCAGAGCUGUAAAUAGUGCAUGUGAAAAGAGAAAAUUUUAAUUUUGGAUAUUUUCAGGCAUUCUCCAGGACAGACCUGUUAGAGCAUAUAUAUCUUCUAACUACCAUUUGCUUGCUCAUCGGUUGGUGUUUUUUUUGUUGUUGUUGUUGUUUUUUAACCUUUGGUGAUUAAGAAGAUAAAGAAGAAACUUUCAUUUUAAGGCUACAGUGUUCUGGUUUUCUUCUGAUGCAGAAGAAUUACUGCAGUGCUUGCUCUACAGAAUGAAAUAAGUUGAAGAAGAGACAAAGCUGUAUUACAGAAAGGGAAGGUUUCUCAGAAUCCAGGAACACAGAUUUGAUGCAUGUUGCCUUAUUUACUUUGAUUGAUACUGUAUUAACUGUGUGUGUUACCACUGUGCAUGUCUGUGCCAGGUGCCUGAGGAAGCAUGUGUAUGUCUGUAUGUACUGAGCCAGAAAUGUAAACAUCUUGAUUUACUGUGAUUUGCUUGUGAAAAGUGAACGUUGUGAUGAAAACUGUUGCAGUUAUUUAGAACAAUACUCUGAGCUACUGAAAGCUCCUGAUUUCAGUUUGAAAGGGAUUUGGAGAAGCUGCCUUUAUAUAACACUGCAAAUGGCGUGUGAUUUGUAAAAAGAAACUUAACAGAAUUUUGUCAACAUACUCAUCCGUGUGGCUCUGGUUUGAAAAGGAAACUACCCUUUCCAGCUCAGGAAAUGGCUUUUCUUGUUCGCUGUUAUGCCAAUUGUCUUCAGCCAUGGGCCUCCAAACUUCCGGCCGAUCUUACCAAGAUGCACAUCACAGACAACCCUCAUCCACAGGUGACUCAUGUGUCUUCUAGUCAGUCUGGUUGUAGCAUCGCCAGUGACUCUGGGAGCAGCAGUUUAUCUGAUAUCUAUCAGGCUACGGAAAGUGAGGUAGGAGAUGUAGAUUUAACACGUCUUCCAGAAGGACCCGUUGAUUCUGAAGAUGAAGAAGAGGAAGAUGAAGAGAUUGAUCGAACAGAUCCACUACAGGGGCGAGAUCUUGUUCGAGAAUGUCUCGAGAAAGAACCUGCAGACAAAACUGAUGAUGACAUUGAACAAUUACUGGAGUUUAUGCACCAGCUCCCUGCUUUUGCAAACAUGACCAUGUCUGUAAGGAGAGAACUCUGCUCAGUGAUGAUUUUUGAAGUGGUAGAGCAGGCUGGAGCUAUUAUUCUUGAAGAUGGGCAAGAGCUUGACUCAUGGUAUGUUAUUUUAAACGGCACUGUAGAAAUCACUCAUCCAGAUGGAAAAGUUGAAAAUCUCUUUAUGGGAAAUAGUUUUGGAAUUACUCCCACUCUGGAUAAGCAAUACAUGCAUGGAGUUGUUAGGACUAAAGUAGAUGAUUGUCAGUUUGUCUGCAUAGCCCAGCAGGAUUAUUGGAGAAUUUUAAAUCAUGUGGAGAAAAAUACCCAUAAAGUUGAGGAAGAGGGAGAAAUUGUUAUGGUGCAUGAGCACCGUGAACUAGAUCGGAGUGGAACCAGGAAAGGACACAUUGUAAUCAAGGCAACACCUGAGCGUCUCAUUAUGCAUUUAAUAGAAGAACAUUCUAUUGUGGACCCAACUUAUAUAGAAGAUUUCCUACUAACUUACAGGACAUUUCUUCCAAGUCCUUUGGAUGUUGGGAUCAAACUACUGGAAUGGUUUAAAAUCGACAACUUACGGGAUAAGGUAACACGGAUUGUGUUAUUAUGGGUAAAUAAUCAUUUUAAUGAUUUUGAAGGUGAUCCUGCUAUGACUCGAUUUCUGGAAGAAUUUGAAAAAAAUCUGGAAGAUACAAAAAUGAAUGGUCAUCUCCGGUUAUUGAAUAUUGCCUGUGCUGCAAAGGCCAAAUGGAGACAGGUGGUGCUGCAAAAGGCUUCCCGGGAGUCCCCUCUACAUUUCAGCCUUAACGGAGGGAGUGAGAAGGGGUUUGGUAUUUUUGUUGAAGGAGUAGAACCUAGUAGCAAAGCUGCUGAUGCUGGACUGAAACGUGGUGAUCAGAUAAUGGAAGUAAAUGGACAAAACUUUGAAAAUAUUACAUUUGUGAAGGCCCUUGAAAUUUUAAGGAAUAAUACUCAUCUUGCACUUACUGUGAAGACCAACAUUUUUGUGUUCAAAGAGUUACUUAGUAGGACUGAACAAGAAAAAUCUGGUAUUCCUCAUAUUCCUAAAAUUGCUGAAAAAAAAAGUAAUCGCCAUUCAAUCCAGGAUGUACCAGGAGAUAUUGAACACACAUCACAGGAGAAAGGAAAUAAGAAAAUAAAAGCAAACACUGUUUCAGGUGGAAGAAACAAAAUCAGGAAAAUUUUGGAUAAAACACGGUUUAGUAUCUUACCUCCAAAACUGUUUAGUGACGGAGGCCUGAGCCAAUCACAAGACGACAGCAUUGUAGGAACAAGGCACUGCAGGCACAGUCUGGCUAUAAUGCCUAUUCCUGGAACACUCUCAUCCAGCAGCCCUGAUCUCCUGCAGCCUACCACCAGCAUGUUGGAUUUUUCUAAUCCUUCAGAUAUUCCUGAUCAAGUUAUAAGAGUUUUCAAAGCAGAUCAACAAAGUUGCUACAUUAUCAUCAGUAAAGACACUACAGCUAAAGAAGUUGUUUGUCAUGCUGUUCAUGAAUUUGGUUUGACGGGUGCGUCUGACACAUAUUCUCUCUGUGAAGUUUCUGUUACUCCUGAGGGUGUCAUAAAACAGAGAAGACUUCCAGACCAAUUCUCCAAAUUAGCUGAUAGAAUUCAGCUCAAUGGAAGGUAUUAUUUAAAAAAUAACAUGGAAACAGAAACCUUAUGUUCAGAUGAAGAUGCUCAAGAACUAGUUAAGGAAAGCCAACUCUCCAUGCUGCAGCUCAGUACCAUUGAGGUGGCCACUCAGCUGUCAAUGAGGGACUUUGAUUUGUUUCGUAAUAUUGAGCCUACUGAAUACAUUGAUGACCUUUUUAAGUUAGAUUCCAAAACAGGAAAUACUCAUUUAAAAGAGUUUGAGGACAUUGUUAACCAGGAAACAUUCUGGGUUGCCUCAGAGAUUUUAACUGAAUCGAAUCAGCUGAAACGAAUGAAGAUUAUUAAGCAUUUUAUUAAAAUUGCACUUCAUUGUCGAGAAUGUAAGAACUUCAAUUCCAUGUUUGCAAUAAUAAGUGGCUUGAACCUGGCAUCUGUAGCACGACUCAGAGGUACUUGGGAAAAAUUACCAAGCAAGUAUGAGAAACACCUCCAAGAUCUACAAGACCUUUUUGAUCCAUCUAGAAACAUGGCAAAAUAUAGAAAUAUUCUUAGUAGUCAAAGCAUGCAGCCUCCAAUUAUUCCACUCUUCCCUGUUGUCAAGAAAGAUAUGACAUUUCUACAUGAAGGGAAUGACUCCAAAGUAGAUGGUUUAGUGAAUUUUGAGAAGCUAAGAAUGAUUGCCAAGGAAAUCCGGCAAGUUGUUCGAAUGACUUCUGCUAACAUGGACCCAGCUAUGAUGUUUCGACAGAGGAAGAAGAGGUGGCGGAGUCUGGGGUCACUGAGUCAAGGCAGCACAAACUCGAACAUGCUGGAUGUUCAAGGAGGUGCACACAAAAAAAGGGCACGUCGCAGCUCUCUACUUAAUGCCAAGAAGCUAUACGAGGAUGCCCAGAUGGCAAGAAAAGUGAAGCAGUAUCUUUCCAGUCUGGAUGUAGACACAGAUGAGGAAAAGUUUCAGAUGAUGUCAUUGCAGUGGGAACCUGCCUAUGGUACCUUGACCAAGAAUUUAAGUGAUAAAAAAUCAGCCAAAUCAUCAGAAAUGUCUCCAGUGCCUAUGAGAUCGGCAGGCCAAACAGCUAAAGCACAUUUGCAUCAGCCCCACAGAGUAAGCCAGGUGCUCCAAGUGCCAGCUGUUAAUUUGCACCCGAUCAGGAAGAAGGGACAAGCCAAAGACCCUACCGCAUUGAAUACAAAUUUACCUCAGAAAGUUUUAGGAACAACUGAAGAAACAAGUGGUAAGAAACAUCCAGAAGAUACUAUCUCUGUGGCAUCAUCUUUACAUUCUAGUCCUCCUGCAUCUCCUCAAGGUUCCCCUCGCAAAGGUUAUACACUUAUACCGUCAGCUAAAUCUGACAACUUGUCUGACUCCAGCCAUAGUGAAAUUUCUUCACGAUCCAGCAUCGUGAGCAAUUGUUCUGUUGACUCCAUGUCUACAGCUCUGCAGGAUGAACGGUGUUCUUCACAGGUUGUGGCGGUCCCUGAGUCCACUGGGCCUUUGGAAAAGACAGAACACUCCUCAGGGAUAGGAGAUCAUACUCAACUUGGCCCUGGGUGGACUUUGUCAAAGCCAUCUCUCGUCAAGAGUUUAGCUGUCUCCUCUUCUUUGAGUAAUGAAGAGAUUUCUCAUGAACACGUCAUUUUAGAAGCAGCGGAUAGUGGUCGUGGAAGUUGGACUUCCUGUUCAAGUAGCUCCCAUGACAACUUCCAAAGCCUUCCAAACCCAAAAGGCUGGGAUUUUUUGAACUCUUAUCGACAUACCCAUUUGGAUGGCCCCAUUGCUGAAGUUGAACCCCCUGACUGUGAGCCCUAUUCCUGCCCUAAAGGCUGUUCUAGAACUUGUGGUCAGUGUAAAGGAAACCUAGAGGCUAAUCAGAUGAGACAGAGUUGGGCCUCCUCCAGUUCUCUGUCUGAUACACAUGAACCAAACUAUGGGACAGUUAAACGGAGAGUGUUGGAGAGCAUCGCACCUGAGUCCUCUGAAGGCUUGGACCCCAAGGAUGGCACUGACCCAGUUUACAAAACUGUUACUUCAAGUACAGAAAAGGGCCUGAUUGUGUACUGUGUCACCUCACCCAAGAAGGAGGAUAGGUAUAGGGAGCCACCUCCCACUCCUCCAGGAUACAUGGGGAUUUCUUUAGCGGACCUAAAGGAAGGACCCUACCUACACCUAAAACCUCCAGAUUAUAGUGUGGCAGUGCAGAGGUCAAAGAUGAUGCAUGACAGCCUCUCUAGACGGCCACCAGCUUCCCUCGGUAGCAGCCCCGUGGCCUGUGUUCCAUCGAGGAUUGUAACUCAGCCUCAGAGGCAUAUUUUGCAGCCGUCCAAUCCUAAACUAGCAGAUGUGACUGAUGCAGAUAGCGAAGCAGAUGAAAAUGAACAGGUCUCAGCUGUGUAACCUUUGGAGGACCUGCUUGAAGUUUACCGAAAGCCAUCGAGGAAGGAGUGGGCAGAAGCGCCUCAUGAUUCCGCAGGCCGUUGUUGCCAACGAACAGCUUGCCGCCGCUGCUGACCCAGAGGUCUCUUUCCCUGUACUCUGAGCGAUGACCUAGCCCCAAAUGAUGCUUCCUCUUAUUGAAUCCUUGCAGAUGCAGAGUUUCCUCAGCUAUGGAUGUUGUGCCUGGAAACCAGUCUUCACUUCGCACACCAGACCUGCCUUGGGACCACAGUUACUAGAACAGGUUCAAACUCAGAGUCCUCCCUAUGUAUAUCAGUAUAGAUUUUUCUUUAACAAGUUAUUUUUAAGAUAGUAGUUUAGUAGUUUUUCCAAGCCAUAGCUUGGGUUAACGGACAAAUUCAAAAAUGUCUGCCAGUACCAAGGAUAUUCUUGUGUAUUUGAAAAGUAACUUAUUAUUUGAAGUUUUGUGGUUUUCUUUGUUUUGGGGAGCUGUCAUUAGCGGAUGUUUAUGUUUGAGGCCAUUAAACUGUCUCUGGUCUGACCAGACUGAAGUCAUCUUUACAGGAUGAUACACUUAAUCUGUAUAGAGAUGAACUUGAUCUGUAGCACCAGUGCAAUGUAGGGUCGAUCUCCAUUUGAGUGGGAUAGGAAGCCAUUUGUGGUUGAGGAGUUAGGAAGGAAGAUACUGCAGUCAGCUGAUUUGGAAGGCCAAAUGAAGCUGCCAUGGGUUUUCUUAUCGGUCCUUUGGGACAGGGAGGCUGUGAUUGGGUGGGUAGCCACCCUCAUCUCCAAAGAAUGAAAUUUUAUCUUAACACGUAUACCAGUCCUUUCUGAAGUGAAAGUCAUGCUGCGUCUAACUUAAAGUAUAAAUCCAUUAAGUAGAAAAUGAGUUCAGGAGAGUUCUGCAGAAACCCAAAACAAAAAUUUUUCACUGCUCAAAUGUGGAAUUCUUUUUUAAAAAGGAAAUGUAAUUAUUGGUGUGUAACCAUGGAAAUGAAUUCAUCUGCAUGUAUGUUCUGCAGCCGCCCCUGCACCCCAUCUCAGCAUGAGGCUGUGUUCAACCCUGAACAACCCUGCAGCCCCCAGCUGCCAGCAAGAAAGCUCAUGAGCACACCGAGGUGAUAAGUGGUUGAAAAUUUUAGGGGGGACAGAGGAGUUGGGAAAUGAUUCUCUCUUGGUUCUCAGUUUAGCCCUUGAGAGUAAAGAGAUACAUAUUUUUAACAGUCUGUUGGGCAUGGCGCUCCCAAAUAUUUAAUUAAAAUUUCAGUAACUGUUUACUGGAUGACCUAGACUUUCCAUAUUUUUACUAAUUACAGUGUUUUCUAUAUCUUAAGUUUAAACUUAAUUAUUUUUUAAUGUAAAUGUAAGUGAGAGCUUAAUAAACUUCUGUGAUGACUACCAAAAAAAAAAAAGAAAGAAAAAAAAAGCCAAAGCCAUUCAUGUGCACUACCCAGAUUAACAUGGAGCCAAGAUGGGUUUACUUCUGAAUGGUUGUCCAUAUGUGAAUUUAUAGGAUUUAGCUGGUUUGUGAUUUCCCUUUUCAAGAGUUUGUUCUCAUUUUUCCCUAGCUGUCUCUUCCCUCUCUUUCUCCCUGUCCCCUUCAUUUUUUUUUUUAUAGUAGGCUCCACGCCCUACAUGGGGCUUGAACUUGUGACCCUGAGAUAGAGUCACGUGUACCAGCUGAGCCAGCUAGGCGCCCACCCUGCCCCUCAUCCCCUUCAUUUUAAAAUCGUAAAUUAUUUCCAAGUGGUCAAUGGCACUAGUUUGUCUUUUCCAUCAAAAUGACUCUCUCUUCAUUUUAGGAAAAAUAGCUUAUCUGAAAAAUUCCUUUGGGGAAAAAAAAAAAAAAACAUGAAUUUGAAACUUAAAGCCUUAAAAAUCCACCCUCCUGGUGUGUUAGAGUGAGGCUAGUUGGCUCUAUAGCUUUCUUGUUCCAUUGACAUGGAAAAUGGCCUGGAUCAAAAGUCCUGGUUUGAAAGUCACACUGUAGUGAUUUAACCUAUAAACACUGGUCCUCUGAUAACAAAAAAAUGUCCCUUCACUGAUUGACAUAGUAGUGUUUUCAUGUCCAGGGCAAAACAAAGAAAAUGAAAGAUACUUCUGUUAUAAUCCCCUUUUUUGUCAAGUUUGGGUAUUCUAUUUUAUAUCCAUUACCCCAGAAAAAAUGUGCUGUUUGCACAAUAUCUGUUUAUUUGCAGGUGUUUGAAAUCAAAUGGGAGCCUUACCUGUCUUUGUCCUUAAUGGUGUUGAGAAUAUCUUGCACAGAUUCAGAGGAUGUGAUUUUGACUGCACCUUGUAGCUGCCUUUGUUUUCCUCUAGCUCCAACUGUGAGUGUUGGGGUAAGCCGAUCACAGUGAUCAGGAACUAAAGCCAAAUGCAUUGUAGUUUGAUCUGUGUGUAUCCCCUAAAAACUCGUGGAAUUGUGAUUUUUAUAUCUGAAUUCUAAUUUAGGGUACAUUUCUGCCUUCUCUUAGUUUGUUACAUGACUAGAACAAGAGAAGCCUUAACCUGUAUUUGCUCCAGUUCUAAGCCCCCAUUUUUGUUUUUGUUUUUAUUAUAAAUUUAUAACUUUAUUGAAGAGACUAGUGCCCUCAUCCCACCUCAACUCUGAAUCCGUCAGGACUUCCUGAAGCAGUAAAUCCACAGUGCAAAGUUUUGCCAGAUAAGUUUCAACAAAACAGUUUUGUUCAUAAUGAAAGAUUUGGUCAAUUAGUAAAUCCACUAUAUACUUCCAUAAAGAUUUAUUUUAAGUAGUAGAUUCUUCCUCCAAAUGAUUACUUUGAAUCUGAUCUUUGGGGAGGAAAAAGUCUUAACUGGUUUCUCAUGAGGGUGAUAAGUCACACUGUGGUCAUCAGUAUAACCUCCUUGAGCAUCUCCCAGGCCGGAAAUGUGGCAGUAAUCAGGAUUUCCAAGAACAAACCUAAUUUUUAUAAAGUGUUCUCUUCCCUAUAAAAAGAAGAGGAGAAAGCGUUUCCUUGUAUACUUAAAACAAUGAUAAUUGUUAUUCUGAUAUAUUUUGUUUCUAAAAAAUGUGAUAUUAAAGUAGAUGUAUCCCUUUAGCAUUAACCUUAAAGGCUAGAACCAAGGGAUGAAUCUUCAAAAAAAUGUCACAGUACCUUUUCAAAUUUAAACUUGAACCCCAGUUCAUCUUUAGCUUUUGUUGUGCUUUUUUAAGGCUUCUUUAUUUUUGAUACACAGAAUGCAGUUGUACUUGGUCUUUUAAAAUUGAAAUGUGAGCUUAUCAGAAAAAAACAAAACUGCACAGUUGUAAUAAUCAAAUGCAACUAUACUGCACAAUUCAGUGAUUGUAAAGUAUCCUGUAACGAGCAAUGUUUGUCUCCUAUUUUUUGAUACCUCUUAAACUUAUGUCUUUUAGAAAGACAGUGCCUCUGUAUGCUUUUUGUAUUUUUACUGAGUGUAAAUAUUUGUUAUAUUUUUGGUUAAGAGAAUGUAAAAGUACCAUUUAUUAUUAUCAUAUCUACUAAUACAUUGGUGGAAUCAAUAAAGGAUCUACAUUAA